AUGGCUCGCACACGUAGCUUCCCGUGUUCGUGGGUCUCAUGCAAAAAGGUGUUCAAUCGCAAGUCAGAUCUCUGCAGACACUACCGGAUACACACGAAUGAACGGCCGUAUCGCUGCAACUUUCCCAAUUGUACCAAGAGCUUCAUCCAGCGCUCGGCGUUGACGGUGCAUUCGCGCACGCAUACGGGAGAGAAACCUCACGUCUGCAACUUUGCAAACUGCAGCAAGGCCUUUUCAGAUUCGUCGAGUCUUGCUAGACAUAGACGGAUACACACCGGUCGACGGCCGUACAAGUGCCUAGAGCCGACCUGCGAUAGAAGCUUCUGUCGCAAGACAACCUUGACCAAGCAUCAGAGUCGCUCUCACCAGCCAGAUGCCGUCUCUCCUUCCGCCCAGUCCUGCGAGUCGGAGCUCUACUCCCAGCCAGCACAGCACUCGAUAUCGAUGAUGUCGCAGUCGCCGCAGAUGCCACCACACCACAUCCAGUCGCAACCACAGCCUCAUGAGCAUCAUCAACAUCAACAUCAACAACAUCAGCAGCAGCAACACCUUCAGUCGCAUCCGCGACAACAACAUUCGCCCUACCAGCAGCAACAUUCGCCCAUAAUACCCGUACCCGACUACUAUCAUCACCAAUCCCAAUCUCAACCUACAACAGUCCACUCCAUCUCUAUCACAGCGGAACAACCCAUCCUCCCACCACAAGUCCACUACGUCACAGCGGGCAUCCUCCCACCUCAGAUCCCCCGUUACGACAUCCCCAUCACCACAUCAACCCCAACAUCCACAGAUCACCUCGCAUACCACCACCCCGUCUCCGUAUCCAUGCUACAGCAACAGCGCAUACAAGCGCCGCUACCAACCCCGAUACCGCACCAGACAGAUGGAUUCCAGGUGCUUCCCGUCAUUGCCGGUGGAGCCGGCAGCCAGUACAUGAAGGAGUUCGACCCCAUGAAGCAUAGCCAGCAGCGCAUGUUUGGAACAACAUAUCCGGAGCACGUUAAUUGGGAUUUCCUGGGGUUGAGUUAG